AUGAACUUCUCGGAUGUGGUAAAGGUUACGAAUGGUUUGGCUGUUUGUCGUCAAACGAUAUUCUCCCUAGAAAAUCCGGACUGGACAUGCAAAGUUGACGAGGGUUCUGCUGGACUUCUUAAUGCUAUAUGGUCGCCUGAUAGCAGACACUUCUUGACAACAACUGAUUUUUAUUUGAGGAUAACCGUUUGGUCAAUAUCGGAAGUCUCCGUUUCGUAUCUAAAGUUUCCUAAAGCAUGUGCAAAUAAUUUGGCAUUUUGUCCUGGUGGUCGUUAUUUAACUUUGCUUGAACGACGGAAUUUUCAAGAUCACUUAAGUCUCUUCGAUUGCAGACUUCAGUGGACUAUUCUUUGGAACAUAACGUUAGAAACUGAUGAUGCCGUGGGAGUUGUGUGGUCUCCAGAUGGACGCUAUAUCCUCGUGUACGAUAACUGCUUGCGAUACAAAGCAUCUAUAUACAGUGUUGGUGGAAAACAUCUCAAUACAUAUUGUGCUUAUAAACCAACACAAGAGCUUCUUGGUAUCAAAUCUGUAUCAUGGUCCCCCACAGGGCAAUUAUUAGCGCUGGGGAGCUACGAUCAAAAAUGUCGUUUAUUAAAUGAUUUCAAUUGGACUUGUUUAGCUUGUCUAAAGCAUCCUGUUAACAAACCAAUCGAUCCUUCUCUCGGACUCAGUCCUAAUGGCCGUCCUUUGUGUGUUGAUAAUGAAGUUGAUGGGGAUUUAGAAGCAUAUCGGGCACACCGUAUUGAUAUUUAUGAAGAGUUUCGAACAGGUGCUUCAUCGGAUUUAUCAAACAAUUUUAAAGGUCCCCUAGAUUCAUCUACUGUCCAGUACAAACUACUAAAUGAUCCUGUUACCAUUCAAUCAAUUAAGCCUGAUCCUAACCAAGCAUUUCCUAAGGUAGGAAUUGGUUUGACAGAAUUUCAUCAGAUGGUCGAUUUUUGGCCACACGAAACGAUAAUUGUCCGAGCGUAA